AUGUACGCCCAAUACUGCCGCGAGCUGCUGGAUGGCGUCUUCGAGCUCUGGCGCGAUGCGUUCAAGGAGGAGAAGGGCAAAAAGGCCGCCGAUGCUGCGCGACUGAAGAUGGAGCAGGAGAUGCAUCGCUUCAAGCAGGCGGAGCAUGACAAAGCCUUCAAUACCGCCAAACAGAUCGCCGAGCAGAUGUACAAAAAGUACUGCAACGGCCUCUUCGAUGAGAUUGUGGCUGUCUGGAAGGAGGAGACCAUGAAGACGAAGAAGGAGAAAGAAGAGAGGACCAAGAAGGCACAGGAAGAGGGCCGCGUCAAGGCGCAGCAGGAGAAGGACCUCCGGGAAGCGGAAGUGCUGGCGGAGAGGAUGCGGAAGACACUGCAGAAUGACGAUGUGAAGUUCUGCUUCGACUUCUGGGUUUCCGAGUAUCGCGCAGAGGGGCAAAGGAGGCGCGACGAGGAGGCCAAGAAGAAGCACGAGGCCGAGCUCGCGGCCUUGAAGCGCAUGGAGCAGGAAACCGGGGAGCGAGCUGCCCUGCAGAUUGCACAGAAGAUGUACAAAAAGAUCGUGGAUGACAACAUGAAGUGGUGCGUGGACAACUGGCACCGCAUCAUCAAGAAGGAGAAGGCGCAGAAGAAAGAAGAGCAAGCCAAGCGCCAACACCAGGAUGAGCUGGACCGGAUACGUCGGGAAGAGCUGGAGAAGAAGGACAAGGCGGCGCAGAAGCUGGCGGAGCAAAUGUUCAAGAAGUACUGGGAUGAUAACAUCGGUGUGGUGGUGGAACUGUGGCGUCGACUAGCGGUGCUGACUAAAGAGACAAAAGCCCGGCGGCAGCACGAAGAGGAGCUUGCACGGCUGAAGCGCAGCCACAAGGAAGUGGGCACCAAGGCAGCAUUGGAGAUCGCUGGGCGCAUGUCGAAGGCUCAUUGCGACAGCCUUCUAAAGAUGAGCAUCUCGUCCUGGCGGGUCUGGACGCACCAAACGCAGAGCAGUCGGAAGGAGGAGGAGGCCAAGAAGAAGUACGAGCAGGACAUGGCCCGCAUCCGCCGUCUGGAGGUGGAGAAGGCUGACAAAGCGGCCGAGGUGGCGGGCCUCAACAUGUUCCGCAAGGUCAUGAACGACAACCUUGGCCUCAUCGUUUCGGAGUGGAAAGACUUCACCAAAAACGAGCUCCUCCACAGGAAGUUGGAGAAGGACAUGAGGGACACGAAGAACCACAUUGACAACUUGAAGAAGGAGGCACGUGCGAAAGGCGAGAGAGUGCGGGAUCUGGUCGCACAGAACCUCCUCGCGAAAGACAAGAAGGAAGUGUUGAGCGACGCCUUCGGGAAGUGGGUCAUCAACUGGAGGCGAUACCUGAUCCAAGACAGGUAG